AUGGGAUGGGGAUCUGCUAACGGUGAUUAUGUCAUUGAUGGGGCCACGGCGCUUUGGUGUGCAGCGGGAGCCGGGCACUUUGAAGUCGUCAAGCUGCUUGUGAGUCAUGGAGCCAACGUGAACCACACGACGGUGACCAACUCGACUCCGCUGCGGGCUGCCUGCUUCGAUGGCCGACUAGACAUUGUUAAAUACCUGGUAGAGAACAACGCCAACAUCAGCAUAGCCAACAAGUAUGACAACACUUGCCUUAUGAUCGCUGCCUACAAGGGACACACGGACGUGGUGCGGUACCUCCUAGAACAGCAUGCCGACCCCAAUGCCAAAGCCCACUGCGGUGCAACAGCAUUACACUUUGCUGCCGAAGCUGGCCAUUUAGAGAUCGUGAGGGAGCUGGUCAAGUGGAAGGCUGCCAUGAUGGUGAACGGUCAUGGGAUGACUCCAUUAAAAGUGGCUGCAGAGAGCUGCAAGGCAGAUGUGGUUGAGCUACUGCUCGCUCACGCUGACUGUGACAGGAGAAGUCGCAUCGAAGCAUUGGAACUUCUGGGGGCCUCGUUUGCGAACGACAGAGAAAAUUAUGAUAUAAUGAAGACGUACCACUAUUUAUACUUGGCGAUGCUGGAGAGGUACAGAGACAGCGCCAACAUCAUCGCGAAAGAGGUUCUUCCACAAAUCGAAGCUUACGGCAACAGGACUGAAUGCAGAACUCCUCAGGAAUUAGAGUCUAUUAGGCAAGACAGAGAUGCCCUGCACAUGGAGGGCCUCAUAGUGCGGGAACGAAUUCUGGGCUCGGACAACAUUGAUGUUUCACACCCUAUUAUUUAUCGGGGGGCUGUUUAUGCAGAUAACAUGGAGUUUGAGCAGUGUAUCAAGUUAUGGCUUCACGCGUUACACUUGAGGCAGAAAGGUAAUAGAAACACACACAAGGAUCUCUUGAGGUUUGCUCAAGUCUUCUCCCAGAUGAUACACUUGAAUGAACCGGUGAAAGCCAAGGACAUAGAAAGUGUUUUGAGGUGUAGCGUCUUGGAAAUAGAACAAGGUAUGUCCAGGAUCAAAAACAUCCAAGACACCGAUAUCCACACAGCCAUGGACAACUAUGAAUGCAAUAUUUUUACCUUCUUGUAUUUGGUGUGCAUUUCUACCAAGACCCAGAGCAGCGAAGGAGAGCAGUCGAGAAUCAACAAGCAGAUUUAUAACCUGAUUCAUCUUGACCCCCGAACGCGGGAUGGGUCCAGUUUGCUGCAUCACGCGGUCAAUUCCAGCACGCCGGUAGAUGACUUCCACACGAACGAUGUCUGCAGCUUCCCUAACGCACUUGUCACCAAACUCUUAUUAGACUGUGGUGCCGACGUGAAUGCUGUGGACAACGAAGGAAACAGCCCCCUUCACAUAAUUGUCCAGUACCACAGACCCAUCAGUGACUUUUUGACACUGCAUUCCAUCAUCAUUAGUCUGGUGGAGGCUGGUGCUCAUACAGACAUGACAAAUAAGCAGAAGAAGACGCCUCUGGAUAAAAGUACAACGGGGGUGUCUGAAAUACUCCUUAAAACUCAAAUGAAGCUAAGCCUCAAGUGCCUGGCGGCCCGCGCAGUACGGAUGUAUAACAUUAGCUACCAGAACCAGAUCCCCCGAACUCUUGAAGAAUUUGUGGAGUUUCAUUAAGCUUCAACAAAUCUUUUAGGUGGUGCUACCCAGAGCAGACUUAACUUGCAGACAACAGAAUACACGUGCAUCGGUUGUUUUUCUGCGCUCCUUUUUUCCCCUUUCUUUUCCUUUGCUUUCAGUCUUGAGCUUCUGUUCCCCAACAGAUCUUGAGCGAGAGCCACGUUGUUUCAUGGAACCAUAAUCUGAUCUCUGAAACUUUGAUUUCAAAGUUGCUUUGUCAUUAUUGUGUGUUUGUUUGGGGUUUUUUUUUUUUAAGUGCAAAAAGAAAACAAUACAAAGGUACUGGGCGCAAAAUAUUUUGUUAAAAAUACACACGCUCGUUUGUGAUUUACACCUGAGAAUGCUUUAAAUAGCUAUUUACAAGACUUCCAUUCAAGCCCAUGUCACCUGAUUACCUAUGCAGCACCUUUAUCAAAUGUAGAAACUUGCAGGGAAGAGGGGGAAAAUAAGAAUUUGAAAGUAUCUGGUAGUUGGUGGUAAGUAAAGUCUCCGUAUAUAAACCAACCCAGGGCUCAUGGACCUCACAAUCUUUUUUUGCCUUCCAGCCAGCACUGAAGAUGUCAUUCGUGCUUUUAACUUACCAGAUUCUUUUUGUGGAAAUAAAAAUAAAAGCAGCAGUUUCUGACAGCUAGAGAAGUGUGAGAUGGUCUGUUAGGAAACACCGGUUUUGAUUCAACUAUGAUCGUGCCGAUCUAAUACUAGUUGCAGAAUCCUGCUCUCUGCUUGUUGCAUUUUUAUAGUCGAUCUCAAGAACCUUUUGAAAAAGGAACUUUUGCACAUUGGGUCCAAACAAAUCUGAAUCACGGUUUCUUUUUAUGUAGCCAAGUUGCUCACUGUUGCGUAUCAUGCAUGGGUCCCUAGUAAACUGGUAGGGUAUUUAUGUCUCUCUCUGUGCAUGUGUGUCUGCCCCCCCACAGUUCAAAGGGCUUUUUAGGUGUUUUGUUCUUUUAGUGCUUAACAUGCACCAUUUUCACUCUAAGGUUUUAAAGCCGCACCCUUGAAUUGCAAAUGUUGCACCCCCUUCAUGAGGGAGGAGGGCCUUUUUCCUUUGAAGUGAGAUGCUGUUCAAAACCAGGUUUCCCAAUAACCAGGGAGAGCUGGGCCGCCCUGAAUCACAGUCAAGAGAGGGAUUUUACCAUUGUUUGUUUGUUUGGGUUUUUUUUUUUUACUCCUUUCAUUACGGAAGCCUAUAGCGAAUCUGAUUUAAAAAGAAAAAACGAAUCUUACCAAUAAAGUCUUUUCUGACAAGUCAUUGAUUGUAUAGUAAAAGCUGCUCCUUGAGAAAAGACUUCUCCUUGGUAGAAGUGGCAGAUCCUCCUAAUAGUAAAAUGUCACUUGCUUUGACAGGCUCUUGAAAAAAAAUCUGUUUAUCAUUUUAAAUACAGCUUUUUAACUGUCAGACGAUGGAAGAAUGUCUGUAGCUUUUUAUAAACAGUCUGAGUAGACCUGGGCACACGUGUUUCUAUUUGUAUUACAAAUAAAUAAAUAUUGAAUGUGA